AUGAGGAGAAGAUUCACUGUAAAUGAAGCUUUGGAUCACAUCUUUGCUGCAAAUGAGGCAGAGGACACACAGGAUUUUAGCGAUGGAGAUGAGCAGGCCUCUGAGAACGAAGAUGAUGUGGAGUACCAAUUGGAAGAAACAGACACAACUGAUCAGUCUGAAGAGGAGGUCACUGGUCCCAUCAGGGAUGUUUGGGAGAGAUGGGUGCAACUCCUUCCACUGGAUCAUUCCAUUGGAAUGAUUCAGCAGGAGCAGCUUCAGCACCACUGUCUUAACCACUACCACAGCUGCCCCAACCACUACCACAGCUGCCCCAACCACUACCACAGCUGUCUUAACCACCACAGCUGCCCCAACCACCACCACAGCUGCCCCAACCACUACCACAGCUGCCCCAACCACUACCACAGCUGCCCUAACCACCACAGCUGCCCCAACCACUACCACAGCUGCCCCAACCACUACCACAGCUGCCCCAACCACCACAGCUGCCCCAACUACCACCACAGCCGUCUUAACCACCACAGCUGCCCCAACCACCACUACAGCUGCCCCAACCACUACCACAGCUGCCCCAACCACCACUACAGCUGCCCCAACCACCACCACAGCUGCCCCCACCACCACUACAGCUGCCCCAACCACCACUACAGCUGCCCCAACCACCACUACAGCUCACCAACUGAAGAUGAGCUGAAUGAUCAUUUUCCUAUUUGCUUUGUCUCUGAAGGCAGAGAUGGGUACAACAGAGUCUAUCACUCAGAACUUCGUUGUGUGACCAUAGAUGUUGGUCGUCAUGAGGCUGUUGUGACCUGCAUUGAGACAACCAUGAUUGUGGAAGUUGCAAAGACCUACAUCAUCAGACGCAAUGAGAAAAAUUUGCAUUUGAACGACUUUACAGAUUCAUCCUGCAAUUUGGAAAGCCGGUCCAACGACACCCACGUGGUUGCUGUCAUGUCACUCGGUGCCUGUGGGACUCGUGUUGAGGAAGAUGACAACAACAUCUACUUCAGGAAUGAGAUCACUUCUGCUGACCCUAAUGAAGUCAUUUCCAGGCAACAUGAUGUUGAAAUUGCCUUUACCUGCUCCUACCCAAAGCGAACCAACCUGACUCUAGGAUUCAGACACAAAAACCCGUACGCCUUUAACGAGAAGGGCUUUGGUGCUUUCACCUUCCAGUUUGAGUUCUUCGAGAGCCAGCGUUUCAGGAAGCAAGUGGAUUCCAGCAGCUACCCGGUGGAGGUUUACCUGAAGCAGAUGAUCUUCAUGCAGAUCGAAGCCACCUCGUCCAUCCCAAACACUGAGCUGUUUGUGGAGUCCUGCAGGGCGACUCCCUACGACAACCCCAACUCCCGCAUCAGCUACACCACAUAUGUCAGAGUCAAGGCCCGCGGGCCACAUCCGGCCCGCGAGAAGUCCGGCCCUCGGCUUGUAGCUAAAUUUUUUAUUUGGCCCUCCAUCCAUUUGACUUUGACACCCCUGAGCUACACCAUCAUUGAAAACGGGUGUGUGAAGGACAAAACGGUGCAAAUCUUCCCCAGCUCCAAGUCGCAGUUCAGGUUUGGCAUGGAGGCUUUUGAGUUCAUCGGAGCUCACGAGGAGGUCUACAUCACCUGCUCAGUUCUCCUGUGUGAGAGCGGCGUUCCUGGCACUCGGUGUUCUCAGGGAUGCACCAACUCAUGGAACAGUCGCAGGAAAAGGGAAGCGCCUUCUCAAACUAACAGCCACUCCAUUUCCCAGGGACCACUGCAGCUUGCUAAGACCUCUGACACUAAAGUUUCAGCAUCUGGCCCUGGCCUGAGUUUGGGCCUGAACCUGGUCUUCAUUGUCGGCUGCCUGCUCACCUGUGGAGCGGUCGUCUACCGAUCAAGAAGAGCCAGAUCUAAAUACCAACCCCUGCCAACCUCCGAGACUGACUAAACCAGAUCUGAUACUUUUUAACCUAAGCUUCUUUGCAGCUUUGGUGCUCUGAUUUAUUAUUAUUUACUCUGGACCAUGCAAAACUCCAAGCUUCUUCAAUAAAUUAAUGCAACAUAAAAAUGUGCUGAUACAAUUAAAAUUUUCUCAAAGUUCUGAGAUUUUUGGUACAAUUGCUGAGCCAUUUCUUAAGGCAAUUAUUAACUAGUUUCAUUCUUAAAAAUACAUUAUCAUCUUUCUAUAUGUUUUAAGUUGUUUGUGAGCUGACACACCAAUACAUUUGUGUUAUGAACUGUC